UCACGCCGUUAUUAUAUAGCAUUUUUAUGCUAUCCUACAGUUGAAAUGGAUCUAUUUGAAUUCAAGUGAGAGUAGUGAAAAUUGAAAGUGGAGAUAUGGGUGUGAGGUGGGACUUUCUUGUUCUUGUUGUUGUUGUGGGAUUGAUAUCAAGUUUUGCAGAGUUUUGUAAUGGUGGAAGAACAAGUAGCUUUGUAAGAAGUGCAAACUUAUCCCUUGAUAUGCCACUGGACAGUGAUGUGUUUCGAGUGCCUCCCGGUUAUAAUGCUCCUCAACAGGUUCAUAUAACACAAGGAGAUCAUGUGGGAAAGGCUGUGCUUGUCUCUUGGGUGACUCCUGAUGAGCCUGGUUCAAACACAGUGCUUUACUGGGCAGAAAACACAACACUUAUGAAACAGGCAGAAGGCAUCGUUCUUACUUACAAAUACUUCAAUUACACUUCGGGUUACAUUCAUCACUGCACUGUUAAGGAUCUGGAGUUCGACACCAAAUAUUACUAUGAAGUUGGGAUUGGGAAUACUACACGACAGUUCUGUUUUAUAACUCCUCCAGAAUCUGGCCCAGAUGUCCCAUAUACUUUUGGCAUAAUAGGGGAUCUUGGGCAGACUUUCGACUCAAAUAGGACUCUUACACAUUAUGAACAAAACCCAACAAAAGGACAGACGUUAUUGUUUGUAGGAGAUCUGUCUUAUGCAGAUGAUUAUCCACUUCAUGACAACACCCGUUGGGAUACUUGGGGAAGGUUCACAGAGAGAAAUGUUGCUUAUCAACCUUGGAUAUGGACUGCAGGAAAUCAUGAAAUUGAUUUUGCUCCUGAUCUUGGCGAACAAAAACCCUUUAAACCGUACCACAACCGUUAUCAUGUACCUUAUGAAGCAUCAUUGAGUACUUCGCCUCUUUGGUACUCCAUUAAGAGAGCUUCAGCCUAUAUCAUUGUCAUGUCCUCAUACUCAGCUUUUGGGAAAUAUACUCCUCAAUACAAAUGGCUGGAUCAGGAGUUUCCCAGAGUGAACAGAACGGAGACACCCUGGCUUAUUGUUCUUAUGCACAGUCCACUAUACAAUAGCUAUGUACAUCACUAUAUGGAGAGCGAAACCAUGAGAGUAAUGUACGAGCCUUGGUUUGUGGAGUACAAAGUUGACGUAGUCUUUGCCGGUCAUGUUCAUGCCUAUGAACGAUCUGAACGUAUAUCCAAUAUCGCAUACAACAUUACAAAUGGAGAUUGCACCCCCAUUAGUAAUCCAUCUGCCCCAGUUUACAUAACCGUUGGAGAUGGAGGAAAUUGUGAAGGAUUGGUAACACAAAUGACACAGCCACAGCCUCGCUACUCAGCUUACCGUGAAGCGAGCUUUGGACAUGGAACAUUAGAUAUAAAGAACAGGACUCAUGCCCACUUCAGUUGGAACCGUAAUGAAGAUGGUUAUGCUGUAGAAGCUGAUUCUGUUUGGUUGCAUAACAGAUACUGGAACCCUUCAAUACAAUUCUCCAUAGCUGCAUUUUAAUGACAUUUAUUUAUAGGACAUCAAAUCCAAAUAUCCAAUUCUACAAUUUAUCUCUUGCUGCUCUUGCUCAGUUAUCCAUUCAAAUAUAUCUUGAAAAUCUUUUGCCGUGUUAAUUUACAUUUAUCAUAA